AUGUCGAUGCAGGCGGCGGCCAUGCGUGGCGCCCCGCAGUGGCUGCGCGGCCUGCUAUCGGAGGAGUUCUUCGACGCGUGCGCCGUGCACCCGGGGGAGCGCAAGAACGACAAGAACCACUUCUGUGUCGACUGCGCCGCGGCAUUGUGCCGCCAUUGCCUCCCUCAUGAACACGCACAUGGCGUCCUCCAGAUAUGGAAGUACGCGUCCUGCUUUGUCGUGCGCGUCGACGACCUGAGGCUCUUUGAUUGCACCGGCAUUCAGUCGCACACGGUGAGCGACCACGAGGUGGUGUUCCUGAAUGAGCGCACGGCGAGGAAGCGGUCAGCGAGCGCAGAGAACCCCUGCGCCGCAUGCGCGCGACCACUCUCCGGCCACGACUACUGCUCACUCUUCUGCAAGAAAAAACAGGGGGACACCAUUGUGUGGAGCAAACUGAAAAGUUCCGAUUGUGAACAGUACGACGACAAAGACACACACGAGGCCCAAAAAGUUGGACCGGGCCAAGAAUUUCUUGCACCAGUUAGAUGGCUCUCAGUCUCAGCCCACCGCUGUCUCCCAUCCUUCCCUCCAACUCCACAGAACCAACACCGACUUCCAAGCGGCGAACCAACCGCCGACACCAAUCACCGCCGCCGCGGCCUCCCCGCCGCAACCGCAGGCAUGCCGCGGCCCCCGCCGCCGGGCCGCGGGAGUCCGGGCGCCAGGCGGCCGAUCCGGGAUUUCUUCGCCGCCUGGCUCGCCACCCUCCGCUCCCCGCUCCUCCCGCUGCUCCGCCGCGCGCUCUCCUCCUCCUCCUCGUCCGGCUCCUGGGACGACCCGCUCUCCUCCGUCGCCGCGGCCGUCGAGGCUCACUUCCAGGCGCACUGGUCCGCGCUCGACGCCGCCGCACGCCAGGACCCGGCGCGGGUCAUCGCCGCGGGGGACUGGCGGUCCCCGCUCGAGCUCCCCUUCCUGUGGCUCGGCGACGUCCACCCCUCCCUCCUUACCUCGCUCCUCCGCACGCUCUCGCCCUCGCCGCGACUCCUCGCCGCCGUCGACCGCGUCGACCGCCGGAUCCGCGCCGCCGUCCCUGCCGUCUCCGACCGCCUCCGCCGGGCCCAGGAAGCCUUCGUGGCCGCCGAGGCCACCGGCGCCGCCGACGUGGAGGCGUUCUUGGAGGAGCUCAAGGGCGUUGCACUCGAGGCCAACCGGCUCCGUCGGGGCGUACUCUCGGACCUCGUCGCCGCCGCCGGGGGGUAUCAGGCGGCGCUGUACCUCGAGGCGCUCUCGCGCUUCGUGUUGUCCAUGCACGACCCCGAGGUGCUCCGCCGCUUCGACCAGUGCCGCGCCUCGCCUGGUAGCUAG